CGCCGGUGGCCAGCGCACAACGCCAUGGAGAACUGCACAGAUGCACCCCGACCAGUCUACUAAAAAUGCUAUUUUCCUUUAAGAUGAUGUAAGACGUUACUUCACGGGAUGAUUCCCCCCCCCUUCACUCUCUCUCCGUGGCACAGCUUGGAGGAACAUCAUUUUAAACCCUUCUGCCUGUUUAGCCGUUUCCGCACACAGCAGUUUGGAGAGAUGGGAGCGCACCGGAGUCCCGCUUCCACCCUCCUCCCCGGGAGCAAGCUCGGAGCAUGUUUCAGCAUCCCAGCAGUCAGGAGACACGCUUAAAAUGCGUUGACAUUUAAAAAAAAAAAUCUCCCAAAGACUUAUGAAGCUGAGUUAGAAACCACGCGUAAAAGGCUUCCCAGAGACAAUUUGAAUAGAAAUUUGAUCACUUUUUAAUGGUAAGAAGUGUCGAGUGAGGUGUACCGUCCACUUCUUUGAAGUCACACUCUCCAUCGCAGUGGUUGUGUGUAAUAUGACGCUGGUUGUGUUCAUCGAUUCGCUUAAAAAGGGAUGCACCAUGGACAGGAACAUUUACGCAUGGCGUUAAAGAAGAUAUUGUAGACACACCGUAUGAUUGCUCUGCCAUGAGACACUGGAUGCGAGGACUACGAGCUUCAAUCAAGACUAUUAUGCUUCUGCUCUGAGCGCCUCGGCACCAUGCAGCUGCGCCGCUCAUCCUGAACUUCUGGGACGUUUGCGCUUCGUGAUCGCCACCCGGAUUUUGCCCAGGAGCUGGGAAGAAGAUGGCAUUGAGCGAAAACUGCAAAACUCAACCUGUUAAAGAGCAGGGAUCGGUACAAAAUCCCCCGUCGGACGUUAUAGAGCUAAACGUGGGAGGGCAGGUGUAUUACACUCGUUAUGCCACAUUGACUGGCUUUCCAAAUUCCUUACUUGGGAAGCUGUUCUCAAACAAGAAGGGAUCUUCAAAUGACUUGUCCCGGGAUCUCAGGGGACGGUAUUUUAUCGAUAGAGAUGGAUUUUUGUUUCGAUAUGUGCUGGAUUAUCUCAGAGACAAGCAAGUGGUCCUCCCUGACCACUUCCCAGAGAGAGGAAGGUUGAAAAGAGAGGCUGAAUACUUUCAGCUGCCAGAAUUAUCGAAACUUUUGUCUGCCGAGGAAUCUAAACUCUUGCCAGAUGAGUUGUACUAUAGCGAUUUGGAUGAUGUGUCGCAAGGCAGUGACCAGAGGUUUUACCCCUCUUACGCCUUAGACAGGCGAUACGGUUACAUCACGGUCACUUUCAGGGGCGCUUGCGCCGCGGGAGGCAGAGAAAGUCACACCGAACCCAAGGCCAAAAAGUUACCGAGAAUCUUUAUCAGCAGCAGGAUUGGCUUAGCGAAAGAGGUGUUUGGAGACGCCCUGAACGAGAACAGGGACACGGACAGACCCCCUGACCGAUACACGUGCAGAUUUUACCUCAAGUUCAGACACCUGGAAAGGGCUUUUGACAUGCUGUCAGAGUGCGGCUUCCACAUUGUGGCCUGCAAUACGUCCCUGACAGCCUCCUCCCUGGCUCAUUACGCGGAUGACAGAGUCUGGUCCAAUUACGCACAGUACAUCUUUUACCGCGGACCCUCCCGGUGGUCAUCUUCUCACUGUGACUGCUGUUGCAAAAGCCACAAAAGUGAGCGUGAAGGAGAGAGCGGCACCUCCUUCAAUGACCUCUCCACUUCCUGCUCUGAGACCCAGUCAGAGGCCAGUUCCCCUCAAGGAACUGUGGUCCGUGGCCCUGUAAACCGGCAGUCCAACAUCCAGUCUUUGGACCGUCCUAAAGGACCGGCCCACAUGCUGCACCACGCAGAGAUGCGCCGCAAAACAGACAUGCUCCGCGUGAGAACCUUCGGCAUGCGGGAACGAGAGGCCGCGAAGAGGAAAGCAAACAAGGAGAAGAUGACCCCAGAGCAGGAGCUCGAGAAAUGCAUCCAGGACUUCCAGCGCAUAAGGAUUCCCGAUCGCUUUCCGGAGAGGAAGUACAUCUGGCAAUCAGAGCUCUUACGAAAGUAUCGUCUCUGAAUAUUAGCAUGACGGCGAGAAAGGGGAAGAAGGAAACUAUGAGAGAUUCUCCUGUUGUGUCACGUCACCAUCGGUAAAGAGAGUUAAACUGAGUAGGCAAUACACUGCACCCUCUAAGACACAUACUGUACCAGGGAAACCGGCUGUCCGGUCCGGAUGUACAGUGAAACACACGCAGUACAAGGCAGUGUGACCUAUUGAUUAGUAAAGCUUGCACAGCGUUGUGUACAAUAUGCACAUGUGUAAAAACAGACUGAGGCUUACAUCAGACUUCCUGCUCUCACUUUUGAGAGCUGAGACAGGCAUACUAUAGGUUAUCAUUUCACAUCAACAUACCAACCUCAGGGGAAACGUCAUUUCUGUUCACAAACCUGUCAACCACUGUAUGUGCGGCUGCACACAAUAGCUGUUUUUUAAACUGGAUGAACCCAGAUGGUGCCGUGAGAAAGCAACGGAUAUCAUUACACUUCACUGGUAACACGUAUACGUUAAGUACGCUUUGGUAACACCACUGCAUGUCAUUUCACCCUUAGCAUUAUUAUGCAAUAUGAAGCAAAAUUUCAAUUCACUGUUUUGUCAGACGGGUAAAUGUGAUGUUAUGAGAGGGGCUACUGUAUUGAGGGGAGCACUGGCUAGAUCUGUUUGCCAUUGUAGAAGUUCUUGUCUAAUUUUGUCAUUAUGUGUUGGUGAGACAAUUCUGUGUAGGUAAAGUAUAUAACGCAAAUGGAUAUUGAUCUAAUUAUUGAUUGUCAGUGUGCAAAAAAGUAAAUAAAUCGGU